AGGCAAGCUCAUGACCAUCAACCACCAUGGACAGACAUCAACAACAGCAGCCAUCUACCCACUCAAACUCAUUCUCCAGCCUCAACCACCUCAAUAACAGCAACAACAACAACCCUUCAUCGGCCUCUCAACUCGCACUCGAUUCACCUGAACCACCGAUCACACCAUCAAAGGAUCACCUCAAGGAACAACUAGCCGCACUCAGGAUAAAACUAGAACGUGCUGAAGCCAUCCAACGCGGUGCCGAGAACUUAUUACAUCAGGUCGGGGCAGGGCAAGGACUCAAACGGAAGGAUAACGAUCUAUCCUCUCAACUUAAUAACUCGAUCGGAGGCUGCUCGACGACGACUACCGCUAGCACCCUCCAUGCUUCCGUCGAGGCUGAGUUGGACCUGGCAAACCGGAACGUCAAGGCGCUGGUCAAAGAAAUCGAAGCACUCGAAGCACUCUCAGCCACUUCCCCCAGGAAAGGAAGAAGAAGGCUCAAAACAAACGAUAGUGCUCAAUCUAAUCCGCCAAGCCAAUUCUAUGCAGACGAUAAUCUCCGGAUUCAAUCUGAAAUAGAAGAGCUAAUCAAACAGUUUGUCGACGAGGAUUCAUUCUCAGAACCUCAACUCAGAAAGCUUUCUGAUCUGGUCAAAAGUCAGCGUGGUUACUCCAAACUAAAUCGGCGGAAAUUGAUAGACAUUGGUCUGUUAGGAUUGUCCGAUUCGAACCCAACUGAGGUUAGGGCAGAAUCGUAUCGACUGCUACGCCAUGUAGUACACACGCUAGUCGACAUGAACGUCUUAAGAUUAUCGCGGAUUGAAUUUAUAAUCGUCAAAACUUUGACUCGAGAUCACAAGUAUGAUUAUGAGAAACUACAGGCACUCAUCCUUGUCCGAUCAGUGGCUUGUUACCCUCGUUUCUUGACCUUGAGCGUUGCUCGUGCUAUCGUUUCUAUUGCCGAAACUGCCGAAGAAAAAUUGAGACAAUUGGCGAUCGAAACUUUGGGAGAAUUAAUGGUUAGGGAUUUCGCAUUACUGUCCCAAGCAGAUGGAAUAAAAGUGAUCAUGCAAAGUUUAACCGACACAUCCGGAGGUCUCAAAGAAUUAGCCCCAUAUAUGGCCAGUCUAGUGAUGGCCAUGGUUGAUCGUCCCGUUUGCCGACAGUAUCUUAAACCAGGCGUAGAUUUUGAAUCGGCACUUGCUGCAAUCACCGAAGUCAAUGAACCCAGUUCCUCACAGGCCCAAGAUGAACGAGUUCGAACCAGUGUCAAACUCAUCGUACUUCUAUUGAAAUCAUGGACGGGAUUGAUGUUUCUGUGUUUGAACAAAAAAAGAUCGCUGCGGAUGUAUGUCCAAUCAAUGAAAGUACCAUCGGAUAGCAUCCGGCUGAUCUUGAUUGAUGCGCUAUUCGAAAUAUUCCAAAUCAAAACACCGCAAUGGUUUAGCACUUUCAUGUCUGGCAAAAGGUUGACUUAUUACCAAAAGCCCGGACAACAGCCCGUUCAAUCAUCACAAUCGCCAAUCAACAAAGACCUACCUGAAAAAACAUCAGAACGUGCUACUUUGGCUGAUCAUUAUCUUGCAAUCCUUCUACUUGUAUUCUUUGACGUGAAAUUGCUAGAAACUUUGAUCGAAAUCACUGAAUCCAGGGGGACUCGAGAUGAACCUGUCCCGGGCUCAACGACCACCAAGCAAGCCAAUCUGAACAUUGCUUCGGCAUCUAAAUCUAGCGUCGUACGGAAGAAAGCUUCUCUACUGAUCGCCGAAAUUCUAGACCUUUCCAACCGCAUCUUGCCGUUGCAUUACGGCACACGGAUCCAAUCCUUACCUCGGCUCUUCGAGCUGGCUGCAUCAUUCCAGCAAGGGGAUCAUCGGUCGACCGGGACGGCGGCGCUGAGAGAGGUGGAUAGUUUGCAUCGGACGAAGAAUCGGUUGGCUUCACCAUUCCUGGCCAAACAAAGCAAUCCGGGGACGAGUUCAAGUCAUUGGGAUGAUGUCUCGCUAUUCCGCUCGUUUGGAAUUGGCUCGAUGGGCCUGAAUACGGUCGGUGGAGUCAGUGGAAGUGCCACGGCGACUUCGGUCAACGGACUCCUCAGCGGGGUGUCGAAUAGCGAAGGUGCGAGUAAGGUGGGCGGGUCUGGGGUGAUGGGAUCGAGUGCUUCAGUGAACGGAUUGGCUAGUGGGUUAAGUUUGAUCACCGGCGGUUCAUCGACUACGACGGGCAGCGGGGGUGGUACAAGUGGCUUGGGCAGUGUUAGCAGCGUGACGGGCAGCGCCAAUGCAGGCUCUGAUCCACCUCAAAAUGCCAAACUUCUCCCCCACUCCGACCCUCGCUUUCGACUGCAUUUCAUGAAUAUAGAUGAUGUCAGUUUUCGUAACUUGGUCAUCGAAACCCAGGUCCUGGUCACCAAAGAUCACACUCGUUGGAAUAUUGUCAAGUUGCUCGAGUUGAUCGAAGGCACGCUUUACAUGAACUCUAAAAGAUUGGAAGAGCUUACUAGAAGCACUAAAGUUAUGAAACGUCUCUUGGGCUUUCUCCAUCCUUUCGAGGGUAGAUAUCCUUACAUAAAACGCACUAAACACACUAGUCGUUACACCAAACUUGCUUGUUCAACUCUUCAAACUUUACUCAGUGAUCCCGUUGGAGUGAAGUUUUUGUCAGAGGAUAAGUUAGUUGAACAGAUUGGUUUAGGCUUACGACAGUUGGACCAACAUGCUGGUGCUCAGUCACAUGAAGUCUUAUUUUCUCAAAGUCGAGUGGAAGAUACUUUAACUCAUGGGUAUUUUGAAAUGCUCGGUGUUUUGAGCAAAUACCCGGAAGGCAUCAGAUUGAUGGAAAAAUUCAAGAUCUUUACCUCUUUCUACGCGCUGUGCGAAAUGAGGACGAGGGAUGAUUUGGUAAAACAAGUCAUUGAAAAUGUUGAUUAUUCCAUAAAUGGACACUGUCGAUUAGUACUUUCGAAGGCUUUGACUUCCUCAUACAAGCAUGUUCGAUUAUUUGCGACCCAUCACUUAGAAAAAUUAAUCUCCCGGGCCGAGUUUUCUGUCUCUGCAUCACCUUACCAACAUGUCAACAUCGCCCCAGCCAAUAGUCCAACGGCAAUUAAAGAUGCCAAGAGCUGUUUUGUGCGUGAAUACUCGAGAGCUGUGCUGCUCGAUCGAAGUCCUCGAACUGUGUCAAAUGAGACCUUCGUCGAAAUCUUAAUGAUGUUCCUUUCUACUUCUGUCGGCGCACGCUAUCUCAAAGAAAUUGAAUGGACUGAGCGGGAAAUGGAUGAUUGGUUUCGGGAACGUAACCGAGAUUAUGUGAUUCAGUUGGAAGUCUAUUUAUCCAAACUGUUGAAUGCUGAUGGCACUCGAGAUGAAGAAGAUGAUGAGCUCAUUGCCAGCGUCGAUGGCUCACCGCCCCCGCAUUUCUACGGAGAAUUGGUCAAGACUGCCGAAGGGCGAGAAAUGCUAACUUCCAAAGGGCAUUUCGAUGAAUUUGUGAAAACGAUCCGGAAGCAUGGACGAGAGGAGAAUGACCUUGAAGUCAUCAAUGAGGUGAAGACCGCCCUGUGGGCCAUCGGCAAUAUUGGUGCAUCUGUCGGUGGGCUUACCUUUUUGGAGACCGAGUGCGUGGUGGAAGACAUGGUUUCGAUUGCUGAAAGUAGCAACGUUUUUUCAGUCAGAGGAACAUGCUACUUUGUUUUAGGCCUUAUUUCAUCAACAACAGAAGGAUCCGAACUCUUGGAAGAUGCUGGUUGGGCAACCGUCCUCACCCCAUUGGGAAUGAUCACGGGGAUUUGUGUGCCGACUCGUUUGAAUGAAUUCAUCGUCAAUCCUACCUGGAAACCAAAGAAGAAGAAGCUGCCGGACUUGUCAACUCGUUAUGCUCCUUUCAAAUCCCCUAUCCACCGAAAAAUCUUAACUUCUAUCGCCAAUCUAAGUAAUCAUCUUCUUGCUAACAAUUCGUCCAAAACUCUCACUAGAUUAAAAACUAAAUAUCGAGAAGCAUUCCAAGAUUUGGGAUUAUUUCAUCGGGCGCUGAAAAUUUUAGGAAAUUAUCAUUACAGAUUAGUAACACGAAGGUAUAUAAUGGAACUCUUUGGGGAUAUCAAGUUAGACUCGACAUCGGCCCGGAAGAUCCAUGAGGCAGGAGAAUCGAUGAAGAUCUCAAGAGCAGAUAUCAGCCGGACGAUCACCCAGGAUAUCUCGUCAUUACAAAUAAACAAGGAAGAGCCGACAAAACCGCACGAAAAACACCAUGAUCUCGAGGAUCGAGAUGAGGAAGAGGAGGACGAAGACGAGGAAAUAGAGACAUACGAGAGUGUCAGGAUGGAAGACUUGCCGGUGAGGAGUGGUAGUUGUUUGCUAGAGGCCUAUAAUAAAACGGAUUAUUGUAGCGAUGAUGAUGAGGAUGGGGAUGGAGAGGAUGAGGAAGGAGAAGCAAACACGACUGCGAAUGGGACGUCUCUUGUCCACCCCAAUCAGAUUCAAAACUCGUCCACCUCUCGUCCCGCCACCCUCGUUCCACCACGGGCGUCCGUCGGCAAUCUGAAACCGAAUGACCGUCUACCUAUCGUUACUAUCAGAGGAUUUAGGGUUUCUUGA